UACUACACUAGCGUUUGCAGCGAGUGCGUUGCUGUGCAGUUUUUUGUUCCAAAAAACAAAACAAAACGUGAGCGUGUAAAAAAUACAGUUUCAAAUUGGAAAAAUGCAAAUGGAGGCGGUGGUUUUAACGGAGAAAGACGUACCUGGAGCCUUCCUUGUCGGCGAUCCCUCUGAAUACCGGCUAACAGAACUGAAACGAUGGCUCGAAUGCCACGGACAGAGUAAGAAUGUGACUUUACGAGAGGCAGUUGAAAAAGUUCGUGCGUGUAUUGCAUUGGGUAUAAAAGUUAAUCCAGGGGUAGACAACGGUAAAUGGUAUGAGCUGAAAAGGAGGGGGAUCAGUAACAAAACGACACCUAAAGUGGAUACCGCCAUUACAGCGCCCGACAACGGCUGGACAACAUUCCCGUCUGUGGACAUCCCGGAGAUGUUUAAUUAUGGUUCUGCUUACCACUAUCUGAUUGAAUCCAUUGCUCACUUUGGACACAAAUAUAAUAGCGACAGCAGUGACGGGGAUUCUGACAACAAUGGAUCAUAUACUACUACCAUGAAGCCGCUCAGAAAGGGGAAAAAGCUUAUGGAAAGUGAGUUCAUUGACGACAUACAAGACAAUAGAAGCAAAACUGAUUACUUUUUGCGAGCACACAUCCAGCACUCUAUGAAAAACGAGUACCCAUUAGAUGUAUCGAUAGUUUUAAGUAAUAUCAGUGGAUUUGUGUCCAGGGCCAGUUGUAACUGUAAGUCCUCAGCCCUGGGAAGAUGUGUGCAUGUUGCAGCACUACUUCUGAAACUGGUGGAGCACGUUGAAAAACAUGGGCAUCGAGUGACAACACCAUCCACUUCACAACCUUGUGUUUGGAACAGAGGGAAAAAACGGUCAAAAAACCCCAAGCCUCUGCAUGAGGCAGAAUACAAGUCUAAGAAAUUUGCUGGUGAUCGUGUUUAUAAGUGGGACCCCAGACCAAAGGAGCACAGGGGGAGUUUAACUAACAGACAGAUAAAUGACUUUAUUAUUGACCUUCAAAAUAUCAGUGCAUCUACACAAGAGGAGUCUAUGUGGGAGACUUCACUCAGAAUUUUAUAUGAAGACUAUGACCUUGAAGUUGAGCGAAAGAAAACUCUGCUUAAUCAUGUACAGCAGUUAGAAGAGUCACUUAUUCCAAAUGAUAUUUCAGCAAAACAAAUGUCAGCUUAUGGUGCUUUUGAAUUACUAGGGACACAAGAACAAAGCAUGUCACCUCUGUGGAUUCAAGAGAGGCAGUACAGAAUAACUGCCUCAAAAUGCAAAGAAGUGUGUUUCCUCGGAGACAAAAUAGUUGAAAACAGAGGCUAUAAUUUAACAUGGAAGUAUUUUCAUUGGCUUUCUAAUAACCUUUGGUCACCUAAAGUUGUGCAGACAUGUGACAUGCAGUAUGGGCUCUCAGAGGAGCCAAAAGCCAGAGAGGCAUAUACCAAGGCCACUGGAAACAAAGUUAGAGAAACAGGACUGUGGGUGAACAGAAAGUUUCCUUAUCUGGGUGCCAGUCCAGAUGGCCUUGCUACAGAUUCUGAUGGUAACACUGUAGGAGUUGAGAUUAAGUGUCUGAAAAUCCUAAGGGAUAAGUCAGUCAGUGAUCUCCUGCAGCAGCACAAAGAUGCCAAAAUCCCGAAUGUAAUACUAAACAGACAGUGCUUCAGGAUCAGUGAUGGGGAGUUAAAGCUGCGUACAAACCAUAUGUACUAUUACCAAGUACAGUUAUUAUUGUUGGUAACUGAUUUGGCUCACUGGGACUUUGUGUUGCACUCCCCUAAAGGCCCGCCAUCGGUUGAAAGAAUCACAAGAAACGAUCAACUUCUGAACAGGUUGAGACAUAGUUUAUCUGCAUUUUGGCACAAAGUUAUGGCACCAGAGGUUUUUGAAAUGCGUGUACCAAGGCGCCUUCUUCCAUUUGUGUUAUAAAUCCAAACCAUGAAUGUAGCU